AUGAUUAAAAUUAUUAUAGGUAUAAUAGGUUAUUAUAUUUUAUACAGCUCGUACCAUAUAUAUGAAAAUAUUAAGAGUCCAAUUUUUAAUCAUGGUAAUGUUAUAAAAAAUAAUGAAGUUGAUAAAAAGGAGCAAUUGGUUCUCCCUAAGGAGGGUAAAAAAAGGAAUAGUAUUAAUGAAGAAGAAGAGGAAUAUAUAAAUAAGCCUUUUAAGAAUGUAUUAAAAAAAGAUGAUAUAAUUGAUUAUCAUUUAUAUUUUUCUUGUGAAGAAGAUAUAGAUAUAAAUAAACAUAUGCAAGACAAAUAUUUAGAAAAGGAUGAAAGAUUUAUCAGUGUGUAUAAAAUAUUGAAUGGUAAAUAUAGCUGGAAUAAUAAUGUAGAUUUGUUAGAUGAAAAACGGAAGAAGAAUUUUUUUUUUUUUUUGUUUGAAAAAGUACAUCCAUCAUUUGAUAUUAGUAUACCCAAAGAAUUAAUUGAUCAAAGGAAGGAUAUUUAUUUGCAUAUCUUGACUUAUGUUAAUAAGGAAUUGUAUAGGUAUGGUUCAAGAACGGUUGUGAUAACAAAGAUGAAGGAAAAGACAACAACACGAGGUAAGAAAAAGUUUUUGUGGAAAAGUCUUAUUGAUGAGGAGGAAGAGGAAGAAGAAGAAGAAGAACAAGAACAAAUGGGAAGUUAUCAUGAGAAGGAAGAUAUAGAAGGUGAGGAAGAAAUCGAAGAUGAGGAAGAAGAAGAUGAGGAGGAGGAAGAAGAUGAGGAGGAGGAAGAUGAGGAAGAAAAAAAAUACCAACAUGGAAAUUAUGAAAAAGGAGGAUCCUAUAAGGUUCAUAAAAAUAUAUCAAGCAAUAAACCAAAUAAUAAAAAUCCAAAUGACAAAAGGGAUAUAAAACAUAAUAAUAAUAAUAAUAAUAAUAAUAAAAUGAAGAAGAAUAAUUUUAUUAAAAGUAAUCAAAAAAAUUUGAAUAUUCAUAAAAAAAAAAGGAAAAGAAAACAUAAAGAUUUUUUAUUUUAUAUUCCCAAAAAAAUAAGAUUUGGUCCAGUUAUAGAAUAUAAUGAUUUCCAUAUUAGUAAGUUAGGAUUUUUUUCGAACAUGCAUGUAGAUAAAGAUACGAAUACAUAUUUGUUACCUAUAUAUGUUAAUAAUGAUUUAACACCUGAUGAUGAGUAUCGAAUGAUUAAGAUGAAAAAUUCUGAUGAUAUGAUGAAAAAGAAACUAAAAAAGAAACGGUCAUCAGAAAAGCAUGAUAUAUAUUAUAAAGAGAACGUAAGAAAUGAUAAUAAUAAUGAUAAUAAUAAUGAUAAUAAUAAUAAUAAUGAUAAUAAUAAUGAUAAUAAUAAUAAUAAUAAUAAUAAUAAUAAUGAUAAUGAUAAUAUAAAUAAUAAUAAUUAUUUAGAAAUUUACGACUUGUCAAAUAGAACAUAUGAAAUUCGAAAUGAGAGGAAUAAGAAGACUUACGAGAAAAAUAGUAGCAUAAAUAAUAAUUUUCAUAAAUUAGAACAUGAAGUAAUGGAUUAUAUAAUAAAUAUAGAGUAUGUGCCUAUAAAUUAUAAUUAUUAUAAUUUGUUGAAUAUGUUAAAAUUUAAUGUAGCAUAUGUAAAAAAGAAAUAUAACUUUAUAUCUUUUGAUAUGGAUAGUAUAACUACAUUUUUAUGUUGUCAUAUAACAUGUAGCAUGAUAAUAUAUAUAUUAUGUAUUAUUUACAUUAUAAUGGAAAUUAUAUAUUUAUUAUUGGAUAUAAAAAUGUGGAGACGUUGGAAUAAUAUAUACACCUUUACAUAUAAUAAUGAUAUUGUUAUGAAUAUCACAUUACAUUUUUUUAUCUUAUUAUAUUUAAGGAAUAUUGAUUAUGGUAGAGUUAUUAUGAUAUAUUAUAUAAUGAAGAUGAUGGUACUAAUAUUUAAAAUAAUAUAUAAUUAUGAUAUAUGUAUAUUGAAUGAUUAUCCAUAUAUAUCUAUAAAUAAAAAGUCUAUAAAAGAAAUGAAUAAACAAAUUAUAAUGGAUGAAGAAUUUGAAAAAAAAAUAAAAAAAAAAGUAAAUAUAUUUAUGAUCUUUACUAUUAUCAUAAUAUUUAUAUAUAAUUAUUUUUAUACUAAAUAUGAUUCUUAUUAUUCAUAUGUAAUACAAACACUUGGUUUCUCAUCGUAUCUUUAUAAAUUUAUUUUAAUGUUACCUCAAAUUAUAACAAAUAUGUACACACGUGCCGUACAGAAAAUGUCAUUUCCAUUUUUUCUUUUCUUACUAGUCAAUGUAUUAAUUAAUGAUCUUUUUAUAAUUUUUUUAAGAAUGCCAAAGGUACAUAUAUAUUAUUUAUUUGCAGAUGAUUUCAUCCUUUUUUUAUUUAUAAUACAAUAUUGUAUUUAUAAAAAAGAAAAUAAAAUAGCUGUUUCUCGAGACAAGUUGUUACUUUUGAAGAAUGCAAAAAAAAAUAAAUAA